AUGUAUAAUAUAUCAAGGAUAUUACCGAGAGUAUUCAGAAAAAAUGCUUUCGGUGUAUGGCCAAGGCCAUCGAGUAUUGGAUUUAGACCUAUGAUAGCAACAAAUAUCAGACUAAUUUCCAACUCAACCGCCAACAUUUUGCAAAAUCAAGAACAAAUAGCAAAUAAUGACUUAAAUAAUGCUGGAGCGCAAGGGGAAUUCUAUAAGUCGUUGAUGAACAACAACUACCCACAUUUGAUAGUUCAACGUUACGAAACUCCGGGUAUAGCAUCUUCUCCAGAAUGUACAGCGAUCUACAUUGAUGCCUUGAAUAAGAUUGGUAAAAAGGGCAAAGCGGAGCAAGUUUCCAAGAGUCUCAUGACAUCUGGUGCUGGGAUUCUGAAUGGAGGACCUUUGCCUCAUGGGUUUGGUUCUAGAUAUGAACCAGUUCACGUUGUCGUUUCCGAGUCGGUAAUCACGAUCAUUUCCAAAUGGUUGAAGUGGUUAAUACCAAUAGCAUUGUUGACUUAUGGAGCAACUAAUGCGUUCAAUUAUUUGGUUGAAAAUGGAACCAUUUUCAAGAACAGUGAAGUGGCCGACAAGUCGGUUGAUGUAUCGCAAUCCACGGUUAGAUUUAAAGAUGUCUGUGGAUGUGACGAGGCUAGAGCCGAAUUAGAAGAAAUUGUUGACUUUUUGAAGGACCCAUCGAGAUUCACCGGAUUGGGAGGUAAAUUGCCAAAAGGUGUCUUAUUAACUGGUCCGCCAGGUACAGGUAAGACAUUACUUGCAAGAGCCACUGCGGGUGAAGCGGGUGUUCCCUUCUUCUUUAUGUCAGGAUCUGAAUUUGAUGAAUUAUACGUUGGUGUUGGCGCUAAAAGAAUUAGAGAAUUAUUCGGCCAAGCUCGUGAAAAAUCACCAGCUAUCAUUUUUAUUGAUGAAUUGGACGCUAUUGGAGGAAAGAGAAAUCCUAAGGAUCAAGCAUAUGCUAAGCAAACUUUGAAUCAAUUGUUAGUUGAACUAGAUGGUUUUUCACAAACUCUGGGAAUCAUAAUCAUUGGUGCUACUAAUUUCCCAGAAAGCUUGGACAAAGCCUUAACUAGACCUGGAAGAUUCGACAAAGAAGUUAUUGUUGAGUUACCAGAUGUUAGAGGACGUAUUGAUAUUUUGAAGAAUCAUAUGGAAAACGUCGAAACUGCCGAAAACGUCGAUCCAUCGAUUAUUGCAAGAGGAACACCAGGUUUAUCUGGGGCUGAGUUGAUGAACUUAGUCAAUCAGGCUGCAGUGCAUGCAUCCCAAUUAUCAGCUCCUGCAGUUGAUAUGAAUCAUUUUGAAUGGGCUAAAGACAAAAUCUUAAUGGGUGCAGCAAAGAAGAAAAUGGUCAUCACUGAAGAAGCUAGAAAGAACACUGCAUACCACGAAGCAGGACAUGCCAUCAUGGCCAUGUUCUCGCAAGGCGCAACACCGUUAUACAAGGCGACAAUUUUACCUAGAGGUAGAGCAUUAGGAGUAACAUUCCAAUUACCAGAAAUGGACAAGGUUGAUAUGACCAAGAAGGAAUGCUUUGCUCGUUUGGACGUGUGUAUGGGUGGAAAGAUUGCCGAAGAAAUGAUCCACGGGCCAGAAAACGUUACCAGUGGUUGUUCAUCGGAUUUGGCGAACGCCACCAGCGUUGCUCGUGCCAUGGUCACAUCCUACGGUAUGAGUGACAAUAUUGGACCUGUUAGACUCAGUGAUAACUGGGAGUCGUGGUCAUCCAAGAUAAGAGACAUGGCUGAUAAUGAAGUCAGGGACUAUUUGAUUUCCAGUGAAGACAGAACUAGAAAGCUCUUGAGCCAAAGACAGACAGAGUUGAAGAGACUCGCAGAAGGUCUCUUGGAGUAUGAGACUUUGACUCGUGACGAAAUGGAAAAAUUAGUCCGUGGUGAACCUAUAAAUAAAACUAAAGUCAUAUCCAAUACCGUCAUAAAGUCUCCCUCAUCGUCUCCUAGACCAGAUAUUCUCAGCGAUCCGCCGUCAGUGCCCGUCGAAGCGUAA